AUUCAAAACGAGGGGCACCAUGGAAAUAACUCAAACCAAGCAAGGGCAUUUUAGGUAUAUCUCAAUCUAUAAAUACAAAUAAAGAUCCUCAGUUUUUUCUCUCUCGCUGUAUCGUGUCCUACGGGUUUCACGGUUGAGCAGAUAAAAAAGGAUUUGCAAGAUGGACAGCAUGCAAAGCUUUUGGCAAUUGGGUGACGAGCUUCGAGGACAAUCAAAAGUCUCAGAGGAUCAUAAGUGGUUAAUGGCUGCGUCUAAAUUGGCUGAGCAGACAAGGUCCAAGGGUGAACGCAUGAAUAAUCUUGAUCUUUCAAAGGGUUUGGCAGAAAUAAGGCCAAGGGACAAGAUUGGAUUUCAGGAAGAUAAUAAAUUUGAAAGCCUUAACUUUAAUAUGUUGAACUUGGAAUCCAAGAUGACAGAAAAUGUGGGCAAAAGUUGUUUCAGAAAUGGUGUUUACAAUAUGAAUGCAGUGUACCAGAAAAACAACAUAAACAAUAUUGGAAAUCUGACUGGUAGCAAGUAUAGUGGUAACAGUCAGAAUAUCAAAGAGCCCAACAACAACAACAAUAACAGCAAUAACAACAAUGAGAACAGUGCAAAUAAUGCAGUUGACAAAAGGUUCAAGACUCUGCCUGCGACAGAGACACUUCCACGAAAUGAGGUCCUUGGAGGAUACAUCUUUGUCUGUAACAAUGACACUAUGCAGGAAGACUUGAAGCGCCAGCUAUUUGGCAGCAAGUUUUGGGGGUUCUAACAUUGACCCAACUGC